GUAGGAAAAUUAGGCAGCUGGAGGCUGUAGCAACGGAGGAUCCUGGCGUUGUGAUAGAUUCUACAUCUUCAGACCCAGUCCAUAGUGAAGUAAGCGAAACAAAGGACACAUAAGAAAAGGCGUUUAAAGGAAUUUUUUAGUGUCGGAUCCGAAACCAUAUCAGGGGAAGAGACUUGGAGAUUCAGCUCUUUUGGGUGUUCAAGACAGAGAAACGAGGGAAAUGGAGGUCGAACUCAAAGAGCUGCUAGCCGAUCUUCAAUCUCUGAGGCAAUCGCUUCCUAAUCCAUCUCUCCAUGAUUCCCUCGACAAGAUUAAAUCUCGUGUUGAACAUCUCGCUGAUCUCGCAAAGGCUGCACCUGUUCGACGCUCCAAAGUUCAGGAUAUGAGCGCUGAGGUUGUAGACAGCAAUCCUUACAGUCGGCUUAUGGCGCUUCAGAGAAUGGGUAUUGUGGAGAACUAUGAAAGAAUACGGGAAUUCUCCGUUGCCAUUGUUGGAAUAGGGGGUGUUGGGAGUGUAGCAGCUGAGAUGCUAACUAGAUGUGGCAUUGGUCGACUUUUGUUGUAUGAUUAUGACAAAGUGGAACUCGCUAACAUGAAUAGGCUCUUCUUUCGUCCAGAUCAGGUAGGUAUGACAAAGACAGAUGCGGCUGUACAGACACUUUCAGAUAUAAACCCUGAUGUAGUGCUUGAGAGCUAUACACUGAAUAUCACUACAGUCGAAGGUUUUGAUACCUUUAUGUCAAGUUUGAAAAAUAAAUCAUUUCGCCCUGAUAAACAAGGCAGUGGUGUGGACCUUGUGUUGAGUUGCGUGGAUAAUUAUGAAGCCAGAAUGGCUGUUAACCAGGCUUGCAAUGAACUGAGCCAGACAUGGUUGGAGUCAGGCGUGUCUGAGGAUGCUGUGUCCGGUCAUAUUCAGCUCCUUAUUCCUGGUGAAACUGCCUGUUUUGCGUGUGCACCUCCUCUGGUUGUGGCAUCUGGGGUAGAUGAACGCACACUCAAGCGUGAAGGUGUUUGUGCUGCAUCAUUACCUACCACCAUGGGAGUUGUAGCUGGGCUGCUGGUCCAAAACGCACUCAAAUUCUUGCUAGGUUUUGGACAAGUCUCUCCAUAUUUGGGAUAUAAUUCUCUUAAAGAUUUUUUCCCAACCAUGCAAAUGAAGCCAAACCCUCAAUGUUCCAACGGAGCUUGCUUGAAAAGACAGGAAGAGUACACUCUUGCAAAGCCGGCAAGAGAUGCUGCAGCAAAAGCCCAAAAGGAAGCUGAAGCACUUUCAACUGAGGAAUGCCCACUUCAUGAUGACAAUGAAUGGAAUAUAAGUGUGGUUGAUGAUUGUGAACUGGGUGCUCUGGAAGCCAAGAGUUCAGAUGCCCUGCCAGAAGGUCUCGCUCGCGAACUUCCAAGUGCUGAUGAGUUUAAUAAUUUGCCUGCUCCUGGAGGCCCCGUCCCUGACAACGAUGACCUUGAAGCACUCCGAAGGCAACUUGAGGCCAUCAACUCUGCAUAGCACUGCUUAUAGAACUUUUCUUUUUUUGAAUACUUGGAAAUUGUAAACUUUUGGUUUAGAGCCCGGCAAUUAGGUUUAAUUUUUUUUUCAAGGGGGGUUUAUUUCUUUAUAUCCCUUGACAGUUUUGUUGACCUCCUCACCUUGAUUUGUUACUGAGUUAUUUUACUUAAUAUUUGACCAAUGAGAUAAAUAAAGGGGGGUGUUUAGAUGAGU